AUGGCAGACGAAACACCUAUGAAGGCCGUACAGGUCAAACUGGUACUUCUUGGUGAAGCAGCGGUAGGGAAAUCAUCCCUCGUCCUUCGAUUCGUACAGAAUGACUUCAACGAGAAUACGAGUCCGACUAUCGGUGCUGCUUUUCUCACUCAGCGAUGCAGACUUGAAAAUCGGAUCGUCAAAUUUGAGAUAUGGGAUACUGCGGGACAAGAAAGGUUUCAUUCUCUCGCCCCUAUGUACUAUCGAAAUGCUGCUGCUGCCGUGGUAGUGUAUGACAUUACGAAAUCUGCAUCUUUAGAAAAGGCCAAAGCAUGGGUUAAAGAAUUGCAAAGACAAGCCAACCCAAAUAUCAUCAUUGCUCUCGUUGGUAACAAACUCGACUUGGUUUCCGAUACUCCAUCUGAACCUCCCACCGAUGGUCUUGAGGUAGAGCGGGAUGAAGAAGACGAAGAAACCACACCUAAACCUGCUGAAAAAACCGAAGAGGGUGACUCGAGACAAGUGUCCAUUGCAGAAGCUGAAACGUAUGCCAAGGAAUGUGGAUUGUUGUUCUUUGAAGCCAGCGCGAAAGUCGGUACGAAUGUGAAUGAGGUGUUUACAGAGAUAGCCAAGGCGAUCCCUCUCGACACCAUCUCACCUAAACCCGCUGCCGCAGCUCAAGGAGCUAGGAAACCAGCUACUCAAGCGGAGGGUGGGGUCAACCUCGGCGAACAGCAGGCGAAGAAGGGUGGAUGUUGUUAG